AUGGACACGAAUCACGACCGUAGUCACCUCUCCUUCCCAGCCAGACUCGCUACGCCCUUGCUCGCCGACCCGUCCUCUUCUCUUCCCGCCACAUCCGGCAAUCGCAAGCGUCCUGCACCCGACAGCGGUGGGGACGGAGGUGCCCGUCCUCCCCACAAGCUGUCACGCGUGUCCCGAGACAGCACUUCAGGCGAGUACGUCCACCUUGGUUCUGUGUACUCUCCUCUCAUCCCGCUUCAAGACGUGCCGUUCCCCUUCCUCGACCCCAUGACACAUAAACCCACUCCUCCCCGCUCCGUCAAAAGUGGCCCAAGUUCCAGUCUACCAUCUCUCCGGCUGCCCAAGAAGUCUGAAGAGGACAAACCCAACCUUUUGUACCCGCCGGUGGAUCCUCCUGAUGGACUCUCCCCAGACACGACGCCAAAAACGGAGGAGCGUUCUCGACCUUUGCGUCUCUCGCGCCGGGUCACCCUCGAGUCGGUGGAAAUACCCGCGCGUGUACCCAAGCCAUCAAAACGAGCGAGGGAUGCUGCCUCCUCAGGUGCGAAAACCGCGAUGCAAACGUCCGACGUGAAACGGCUCAGACAUUGGCUCUUCAAGCCCGAUAAUGGCUCUUUCAUUCGGUAUGAAACCCCGCCCGCAGAAGGGCAGCCGACAGAGAUUCCUGCGAAGCUGCAGGCAAACAUUGCGUCCCUCAAAGGGGAUCACGACGACCUAACUUUCGAAGUCUACUACGCGGAGGCGCAAGGCGAAGUCAAGUGGGGCCUCAAAUGCGUCUCUUGUGGCUGCAGCAACAUCUUCUACACGAUGGGUCUAGGUUUGCGUCACAUCAAGGUACAUCUGGCUGGGAAGCCGCAUCGUGACGCCAUGUCCACCUUGGCCUCCGUCCAGCAACAGCGCAAGCAGGAGAAGGCGAAGAAGAACAGGAAGCUUAACAGCAACCGCGAAGAGGACCAUCGUUCGCCAGAGCAUCAUGUCGCCUCCACUUCCCGCGACUCGCCUGCCAAUGACUCUGCCUCGCAGGCGGGCGGGCGGCUUUCAAGCCCAGCACUGUCGUCUCAGCCCCAGAGCGCACCUCCCCUCCCUCGUCGGACUGCCCGGAUCUCCGCCCACCAUGCCCUCGCCCCGGCGACAGCGCCUGUAAGCUCCCCGGCUCAAGACGAGGUCGAGCGCUUCCUCGAAGAGAUUGGGCUGCCCACGUCGCUCGCUGGCACGCUGAAGAACGUCGGGAUCAAGGACGAUGGACGGAUCAAAGCGCUGGGCAAACUUGCGGACACAUACAUCGACAGGCUGGACGCGUCACUGGCGGACGCUGGCCUUGAUUUCGCGGACCGGUUACUCAUCCAGAGCGGAUUGAAGGCGCGAGCUGGGACGGAGGCGUAA